UUCACAUACCCGCCAGACUACCAAUUCCCGACACACCGCCUCCGACACACCCUGCGGAAUCCAGACAAGCAACCUCUCGUCCUCGUAGCAUGCGGGUCCUUCAGUCCGAUUACUUUCCUCCACCUCCGGAUGUUCGAGAUGGCGGUCGACUUCGUGCGGCAGAACACGGACUACGAGAUCGUCGCGGGGUACCUCAGUCCUGUCAGUGACCAGUACAAGAAGCCCGGGCUGCUCAGCGCACACCAUCGUGUUCACAUGUGCAACAUCGCUGCGGAACAGACAUCAACAUGGCUCAUGGUUGACCCAUGGGAGGCCAUCCAGUCCUACCAGCGCACCGCCGUCGUGCUCGACCACUUCGACUUCGAGAUCAACACCAUGCUCGGGGGGAUCGCCUCCCCCGACGGGACGAGCAAGCCCGCGCGCAUCAUGCUCCUCGCCGGGUCGGACCUCAUCGCGACGAUGAGCGAGCCCGGCGUGUGGUCCGAGCGUGAUCUCGACCACAUCCUGGGCAAGUACGGCGUGAUGAUCAUCGAGCGCGCAGGCGCGGACAUGGACCAGGCGAUCGACUCGCUUUCCCGCUGGCGGCACAACAUCCAUCUUAUCCACCAGCUCAUCCAGAACGACGUCUCGUCGACGAAGGUCCGGCUCUUCCUCCGGCGCGGCCUCUCCGUGCGCUACCUGCUCCCUGCACCCGUUGUCGACUACAUCGAGCAGAACGGGCUGUACUCAGACGAGGGCCCGACCGCGAGCGCGGCGAGCGGCGCGGUGGUCGCGGAGAAGGAAAAGGGCAAGGGAAAGGAG